CGGCCGCGGCGCCGGCUGUGCGGACGCCGCGCGACGCUAGUGUGGCACCGACCACCAGCCAGCCGCCAUCCAGCCGACUCAGAAUGAGCACCCAGGCCGCCACCGCCAGUCCCUCCAGCAGGGUGAAGCUGGACAAGGCCAACAACUUCAUGCGCCAGUUCCGUGACGCCGAGAGCCGGCAACUGAAGAAGCUGACGGCCAACCAGUUCAUGGAGGUGUGGAGCCACUAUGACGCUGACGGAAACGGUUUCAUCGAGGGCACCGAACUGGAUGGCUUUCUGCGAGAGUUUGUAUCCAGCGUCAACGCCACCGACUGCGGACCGGAGGUGGUCUCAGACACCAUGCUGGCUGAACUGAAGGAAUGUUUCAUGGAGGCGUACGACGACAAUCAGGACGGACGCAUUGAGAUCAGAGAGCUGGCUCAGCUGCUGCCCAUGGAGGAGAACUUUCUUCUGCUCUUCCGUUUCGAUAACCCCCUGGAGUCCAGCGUUGAGUUCAUGAAGAUAUGGCGCCAGUAUGACAAGGAUAACUCGGGCUACAUCGAAGCGGAUGAACUGAAGGCCUUUCUCCGUGAUCUUCUCAAAGAAGCAAAGAAGUCUACUGAGGUAUCUGAAGACAAGCUCAUCGAAUAUACAGACACCAUGCUUCAAGUAUUCGACGCCAACAAAGACGGAAAACUACAGCUCUCCGAAAUGGCAAAGUUGUUGCCAGUAAAGGAGAAUUUCCUGUGCCGAUCGGUAUUCAAGGGCGAUGCUGAUUGGGGAGCCUCCAAACUCACCCGAGAUGACAUCGAACGAGUAUUUGCGCUCUACGACAGGGACAACAGCGGCACCAUUGAAGAUGACGAGUUGACAGGCUUCCUGAAAGACCUGCUGGAGCUGGUUAAAAAGGACUACGACGCCAAGGAUCUGGAUGAGUUCCAGGAGACCAUCUUACGAGGCUGCGACUUCAAUCGUGACGGCAAAAUAAACAAGAAGGAGCUUACCAUGAUCCUGAUGGCGCUCUCCAAACACAACGACGAUGACACUCAGCAACACAUGUCUGACCUUGGCUUCUAGUCUGCGCUGGCUUUCUUCGCGGAGCCGUCUAACCAUGGACGAGUGCCAUCAGCGAGAUCACCAGCUUCGGCAUGCGAGCGAUUCGUAUGCAGAAGCUGCGCGUGCGUCACUUGGUGAACCGCACGCUCGGCGCCUCCUCACCUGUGCCCAAGGGCGCGGCCAGCAGCUAGUCUCCCGGACUCGUGUUGGCGAGCACUGAGCGGGCGCACAGUUGGCGACUCGAGGUGGCUGGUUGGACGAGCUCGGUCCGACGAGCGCCGGCCAUGGGACUGCGUUUUACGUACAUGGACGUUUUGGGGUGAAAUUCCGGUGUGUUGCUGCAAAUAUUGUGUAACAGAAUUGUUUACAAUAGGUGUAGUUCGUUAUAGAUAUGUAAACUUCUUGAUAUCGAUGUCUUUGUCUGUCAUACAUCGACAUAUCUGUCGUGUCAUCUUACUCGAAAUACUGAUAUUCUAAGACUAUGCGAUGAAGCAUAAGGCAGAGUCUAACUAGAAGCAUUUCGGGUCUACGACUUCGGGCACGGAAUAUAUAGUUUAACGAUGUAUGUGUCGCUAGACUAAUAUGUCGUUAGUCCAACAACACCAUGCAUAGUCUAAAGAAUAUAUAUCGUUAGACGAUACAUUCCGUGCUUCGGGCUUUUAUUCCCUGAUGCUGAUAAUCUUGUUAUCAACUGAAUGUGCUUACAUAGACGAAGUAUGAUUCGACAUGUUCUUGCUCGUUCUUACCAUCUCUUGUGAAAAGAAAUAAAUGGUUGAUCGAAACUAUA